AUGUCCGACGCGGGCCACGACCCUACGCUCUCCGACGACGACGUCAAUGGACAGGCAGCGCCUGCUGAGAAUGCCGACGAGGGCACUCCGCUGAACACUGUCGAAGAAAACGGUCUCGAGGAUGAUGAAGACGACCUGUUUGGUGACGGCGACGACGGCGACGCAGCUGAAGACGCGCCAGCCUCGCCCCGAAAACUCGACGAUGCAGAGCUCGAUUCAGGCGACGAUGAGGGACGGACAGAUCCCGUCAGGGCACCCGAGGCCGUAGAGGAGGUCGAGCAGCAGACAUUCGCAUACAUGGACGCGGACCUGGCGCGGCAUCCCGUUCCUGAACCCACAGACAACGAGCUCUACCUCCUCAAAGUCCCACGCUUCCUGUCCUUCGAGGACAAGGCAUUCGAUCACAAGACCUUCCAGCCACCCUCCACAGACCAUCACUCCAAGGUCGCCGCGUCCGAACACUUCUCAGCAUACGACACCGCCAUGACCACAGUCCGAUGGCGACGCUCACCCUCAAACAACGCUCUUCUACAGUCCAACGCUCGCAUUCUUAGAUGGUCGGACGGUUCCCUGACCCUCCAGCUUGCAACCGACCCGACGGUCCAGUACGACAUCGACGCGAAUACCCUUGCUCCACCACAAGUGAACCCUAAAAUCCCCACCCCAACGGCUGUCAGAGACGAGAAGAAUGGUAAGACAAGCUCCAAGAAGGAGAGCUACACAUACCUUGUUGCGCCGUACGAGGAAGCAAACGUCAUGCGCGUCACGAACAAGCUUACAGCAUCUCUCAACGUCGUCCCUACAUCAAACACGAAAGACGCUGCGCUGGAGAAACUGCAAAACGAUCUUGCCAAGGUUGCAGCAAAGGGCCGAGACGAUGCCGACCAAGCUAUAUCCUUCAUCGACGUAAACGAAGACCCCGAGCUCCGUCGACAACGUGAAGAAGCCACAUUCAAGGAGAAGCAGAGACAGCUGCGCGCUCGCGAAAAGCAUGAGGAGCGUCAGAGAGAACGCGCGAACCGUACCAUGGGUCGCAGCGGCGGUCGUGCGGCAGGAGGAGGCCUCGAUAUCGAUGGACUGGAAGACCGCGCAACUCGUAAACAAGGCAAGAAGAGAGGCGGUCUACAGUACGACCUGAGUGACGAUGAAGAUCUCGGUGGUCCAAGGAGGAACAGAGAGGACAGCUACGAAUCAGAGGACGGUUUUGUCGUUAACAGUGACGAGGAACCAGAGAUUGUCAGUGACGAUGAUGAUCCAGAUGAAGGCAUGGCCCCGAGUCCAAAGCGUGCACGGGGUGGUGUUGCGGCAGACGAUGACGACGACGAUGAGGUUGUCGUUAGCCGGACGAAGCGGAGACGUGUCGUUGACGACGACGAUGAUGAUGAGUAA